CUGUUUUCCCUCCCUUUCUGAAUUCUCCAAAUCCAACUCCGCCAUACCUCGACAGCCUUCGUUUGCCCGUUUUUCGUCGACGGCCUUUUCCGUCCAUCUAACCUGUUUAGUAGCAUCCUUUCCGCUCGACAGGCUGCACGCAGCACGACGACAUUUGCUCCACCGAUAGACGCGCUUUCAUGGAAUGAAUUGGUGGAUACAGCCAAUUUGCGAUCAAGCAUAACGACAUAUCGACCCUCGCUGAGCGUAACCUGCAUUCCCGCCAACACUCGGGUUCACCGACUCGCCGGCGAAAGCUUACCAUAGCGAGCGGCGUCUCGGUAGGAAGAGAUUCAACGGCAUCUGCCCCCGGAGGGCAUGUCCACACAAUGCAGCUCAGCCCUCUGCAAUCGCGACUGGCGGCCUCGCUGAUUGCGUCGCUGCUGCUCAUCGUCCUCUAUUAUCUUCUGUCUACUCCCACCUUCGCCCUCGCUGCGGAAUUGAGAGGCGACACACAGCCAGUCCUUGACGACGUCCAAUUCGACGACAGUCUCGAGCAAAGAAGCAGUCUCGAGCCAACGUACGAGCCCGAAUUCACUGCCUUCGACCGCAGCAUCAUUGGAAGAGCACCUGCCGGUGUUACGGGUCUAACGAACAAUGUCAAAGUCAACCGCAAUGUCCCGGGGAACUCGACCCAAAGUUUUGUCUUUGAAGCUAUCACCAUCUUCGCCAACUUCUUCGAUGGGACAGAUGAGGCGUUCAUGGUAGGACCUCGCGAAGGCAGCAAUGAAUCCAUCUCACCGGAGCUAGUCAGCAUCGAAGGCGUCAAGCCAGAUGAUGAAGAGCGCGGCCUACGCCGCAGGCAAGCUCAGGGAAGGACCGUGUACAUCUCAGCGACCACGUGUAUACAGCCACAGCGUGCGGCGAACAACACUAAAGAGGAUGCGCCACAAAUCACGAUGUAUAUCUCGACGUCUCAGGACAAUCAGACACCUGGACCAGGGCAGAACUCUACUCUACAGAAGGAGGUCGCCUUUGUAGAAGGCGCAGCAACCUUUAGCGUCAAUGCAACAGGCGACGUCUUCAUUGGAAUAGGCGCACCUUCGAAGGAUACCGACAAGUUCACAGGAGACUGGAACUUUGAUGUGGCGGCGUCGACGGACGAUUUCUUCCACAGUUUUGACGGAAAUCCUUCUGAGCUUCUCUGGGUGGACAGUGACUCUAGCGCUGCGCUCCUGACGACGCAGAACUUAACGACCUCCCAAAAUGAGACUUUGAUUCAGGAGAUCAUGGGGUCCGGGCUCCCGUUCAUUAUGUUCGUCGAGAACCGAGAGCAGCCCACAACCAAAGGAGUUAGACGUUCAAUGUGUGGAUUGGAGAACUACGCUCAAAUCGCUGCGAAAAAGGGUGGCAAAUUUGGCAACCUUGCCAGCACUCUUAUGACGACGAGAGGCGCCGGGAACCUGCCCAAGCAGCAAUUUUUCUUCAACGGGCUCAACGCGAGUGCUCUUUACUCGGGCAUCCUAGUCCGCACAAGCAAUUCGUCCUCGUCGAGAAAACGUCAAGACGGCGCUCAGAGUGGCGGCGGCGGAAAGGUUUUCGAAGCGACGCCCUUCGAGACCAAAGAUGGAGAGAAUUGCAAAAUCGUCACCGACCUGCAAUUUUGCAAUGAGACGGAAUACGCUGUGCCCGCGAACUCUAACAAGAUGAAUAUCACUCAGCUUGCGCAGUUCUACGACAACUAUGCUCGGGAUAUGUAUGCCAAUUUCCAGAAACAGCUUGCCCAGGUGGCCUGCGAAGCGCCAGCAGUACAGCAGUACUCCCUCGCGCGAAACUGCUCCGAUUGUGAGACUGCAUACAAGAAGUGGCUCUGCUCGGUGACGAUUCCGAGAUGCGAGGAUUUCACGAGUCCUACCAACUUCUCCUUAGUCAGGAACGUGAACCAGAGCUUCCCAAACGGAACUCUUCUACCAGUCGCCCAGCAAGACUUGUAUCCCAACAGAGUCAAUCAGCAUUCGAGAAACCCACUCAUCGACGAGAUGGUUGAGCCAGGCCCGUACAGGGAGAUUCUCCCUUGCGCCUACCUUUGCUAUGACUUGGUACAAAGUUGCCCGGCGUCGCUUGGUUUCAACUGUCCGACGCCAGAUGAUGACAUCUUCAACUCGAGCUACGCAGAACAGGGAGAUGGUCUAACCUGCAACUACCCAGGCGCCGUGCACAAUCCCUCUGGAUCCUCAUUGCUAUCAGUUUCAUGGGGUCUACUAUCGGCUCUCAUUCUCGGUACACUCAGUGCAGUCAUACUCUAGGUGGACGAGAAGGGGUGACAUGACCGAUCCCGCAGAGGGUAUUCAUUUUCAGUAGAUUGACGGCCGACUUUUGUAUAAUGGGUAACGGGCACGACGGGACAGUGUAAUGAGGGUUUUCUGGAUGAAUUGCAUGGCAUCGGCGUUAAGACACGACGUCUACUUUGAAAGGUUGGGACAAAGACGUCCUUGCGUAUGUUCAUGGCUGUAUUAGCUGUGCUGGGAG